UGCUGUCUCUGUGCUCCAUGGGGAUAGAGAUAGCCUAGGCUGCUUCAUGGCAGACCUUCACAGCUCAACCAUAGCACAAGCACAGACCCCGCUUCUCCUGCUAAAUGCUGGCUGGAUGUCCGAGCGCUAGCGUGCCGAAGCACAGCUCAGUGUGAGGGGAGCAGUGAGACUUGGGAAGGGACGAGUGCUGUGGGACGUGGCUGGCUGGGAGUCUUGAGAAUCUGCAGCCUAGAUCCUACCUCACACAUACACACACAUGCAUACACAUAGGAGCAUGCUUUAUCUGUUGUCUGUUUACAUGUCUGUGUGCUCGAGUGGUGCAGAGAAUGACUAAGGACGAUUUUUACCAAGACCACUAUCACUCACCAGAUCGCGGGAUGUAACCUGAGCCUGUAUUCUGGGCCUUUGCCUGGCUGGGAAGAAACAAGACUUUUUUCUCUUUUUUUUUUCAGGCAGGGUGGGGUGGUGGAUGGCUUUUGUGGGUUAGUAGUAUUGUGACUUUGUUUGUUUCAGGAUGGAAAGAAGGAAGGAAAGAAGGUUUGGCUAGUGGCUGGAGAGGGACGGAGGCAAGAGGGGUGAUCACCUCACUGGAACAGGAGCAGGAAUAUGGGAGAUAUGAAGACGCCUGACUUUGAUGACCUGCUGGCGGCCUUUGACAUCCCUGACAUGGUGGAUCCUAAAGCCGCUAUUGAAUCUGGCCACCAAGAUGACCAUGAUGGACAGCUCAAGCAAACCAGUGGUGGUGUGACUAACAGUGAGAAUGAGGCCCAACACCCCUCAGCAGCACAUGAUGUCGGUGUUAGUGUCAUUGUGAAGAACACACAAAACCUAGACACAAGUGAACAUUGUGGGACUGAAUCAGAGAGGGGUAGGCAUUUCCACUCCCAUUCCCGACUCCCUUCUGUUCACAAUGGACUUCAUAAUAUUUUGGUGUCCACAAUACCAACUGGGGCUCAAUACACGAAGAAUGGAUGUAAAAUUCCCAGAGAGGAAGGCCAGAAAAUGAACAAUGAAUCAUGUACCUUCAAUCAGUUUAGCCCAAUUUCCAGCACAGAAGAGUUUGAUGAUGAUGAGAAAAUUGAGGUAGAAGACCCAGGAGACAAGCAGGGAGGUCACACAACUAGGAAAGGGGAGCGGAACUCCAAAUCUGCUAAACGGGAAAGUCUUUCCAAGCCCAAAACAAAUGGAGACCAAAAGCCUGAUCUUAACAACAAUAACAGUGGUACUUUUAGAAGUUGUAAGUUCAAGAAUCUCUCUCAGUCAACUUUACCUGAAGGGAAACUUGAGGAAACAAUGCCCAAGUCUCAUAGCAAAGAGUGCCAAGAAGGUGGGCAGUCAUCGGGACUUGGUAAUCCAUCCAGCCUUUCACAAGUCAAAUCCAAAUCCUCAACAAAACUUUCAUCUUGUAUAGCAGCCAUAGCUGCUCUAAGUGCCAAAAAAGGUGGUGCUGAAGACUUAGGUACUUUGAAUUCUCCUACAACACAACAAGAACCAGCACUGGUCAAAGAAAAUUCAAGAGUCCCAGAGAAGCCACAGGAUCAGGAAUCAGCCAUGGAGAUUGCAAAGAGACUGCUUACAAGACAACCAGACAGCCCCUCUAGUGUGACUAGUGAACGCAGCAGCAAAGGUUCCCCUGCCUCAAACACAGACACCACCCCAGUUAUCCCAAAGGUCAGGAUCAAAACAAUCAAAACCUCAACUGGACAGAUCAAGCGUACAGUGACCCGAAUCCUUCCAGAAUUUGAUCCUGAGGGUCUGAAAAAGAGAGAGAAAAGCACAUCUGUUAUGACAACCACUAAUCCUAGUGCAAUUUUUUCAUCUCCAACAAGACAUUGCCUUCCAACCACAGUAUUAACCACCACAGGGGGACCUUCAAUUGAAAUAACCAAGCAAAUGACAAUUAAACCUGUUGCAACAGCAUUCCUGCCAGUCUCAGCAGUCAAGACAGCUGGUUCCCAAGUUAUCAACCUUAAGCUGGCUAACAACACAACAGUUAAAGCAACAGUCAUCCCUGCUGCAUCAGUACAAAGUGCCAGCAGUGCUAUCUUGAAAGCUGCUAAUGCCAUCCAACAACAGACUGUCAUGGUACCUGCCUCUAGUCUGGCAAAUGCCAAACUUGUGCCAAAGACAGUCCAUCUUAGUAACCUCAGCCUUCUGCCUCAUACAGUGUCCUCUGCUACCUGUGAUCUCAAACACACCUUGUCCAAACAGCCCCAACAUCAGCAAUCACAGCAAGCAAAACAGCAGACAAUUCUCGCCAGUCAGCAGUCAAAGAAAGUCUCUAGAGUUCAACUGUUCACUAGUUCUCAAAGCUCUGUGGUGGAUGCCUUCAAUAAAGUCCUGAGUAGCAUGAAUCCUGUCCCUGUGUACAUCCCAAACCUCUCCCCACCAACCUCAGCCUGUAUCUCUCUACCCUCACUUGGCUACAAGUGCUUGGAGUGUGGAGAUUCAUUUGCUCUUGAGAAGAGCCUGACACAGCACUACGAGCGCCGCAGUGUGCGGAUCGAGGUCACCUGCAACCACUGUGCCAAAAGUAUAGUGUUCUAUAACAAAUGCAGCCUCUUGUCUCAUGCUAGGGGUCACAAAGACAAAGGGGUGGUUAUGCAGUGUUCACACCUAAUCCUAAAACCCAUCCCUGCAGAUCAGAUGAUUGGUACAUCAGCUGCAGGACCACACAGCGUUAAUGGCACCACCACUACCACUCAAGCACAUGCACCUGCGGGUCAAAUGCAAGACAAGGUAUCUGGUGCUGGGAACCAACCUGCAGUGAUUUCAGCUCCAAGCAGUGCACCUGUUGUAGCAGCCAUGCCGUUGGAGGAUGACGCAUCAAAGCUCUGCAGGCACAGCUUAAAAUGCUUGGAGUGUAACGAAAUGUUCCAGGAUGACAACUCACUAGCAAUGCACUAUCAACAAGCAUCGGAGCCCCGAAGUCAGAAAACAUGCACCAUUUGCCAAAUGCUUCUCCCAAAUCAGUGCAGCUUUUUGUCACACCAGCGGAUCCACCAGCACAAAUCACCUUACAUCUGCCCUGAGUGUGGUGCCAGUUGUCGCUCUGUCCACUUCCAGUCACAUGUGACCAAAAACUGCCUGCAUUACACUCGGAGAGUCGGCUACUGCUGUAUCCACUGUAGUGUGAUCUUUGCUGAUGUCACAACUCUAAAGUCCCACAUACAAAGUGCUCACUGUGAGGUCUUCUUUAAAUGUCCUCUCUGUCCCAUGGCCUUCAAGUCUGCACCGGGAACACACUCACAUGCAUAUACACAGCAUCCAGGACUGAAGGCAGGCGAGCCCAAGAUGAUCUAUAAAUGUUCCAUGUGCGAUACUGUGUUUACUCUUCAGUCCCUCCUCUACACACACUUUGACCAGCAUAUAAUCAAUCAUAAAGUUUCAGUGUUUAAAUGUCCCGACUGCUCCAUGCACUAUGCACAAAAACAGCUCAUGCUGGAUCAUAUUAAGGCCAUACAUGGAACCUUGAAGACCACGGAGGGCCCGCCAAACCUGGGGAUCAACCUUCCACUGAGCACGAAGCCCACUAAUUCUAACAGCACCAACAGCAAGAGCCCCCGUAAUAAUAACAAAGAUGGUAGAAACAUCAACGGUCAAAACAAGGGAGAAAAGAAACCUUCAGCUUUGUCAGUAAAGAAAAAUAACAGUAACUGUUCAGAAGACUUAAAGAGCCCUCCCAGUUCAGGAUACACAUGUAAAGACUGCAAUAGCCUCUUCAGUUCCAGGGAGCUCUUUGUGGUGCACAUGAGGCGAGAACAUGGCAAGAUGUUGAAAAAGCACCCCUGUCGACAGUGUGACAAGUCUUUCAGCUCCUCCCACAGCCUUUGCCGACACAAUCGUCUCAAACACAAGGGCUUGCGGAAGGUCUACACCUGCCCGCACUGCCCAGCUCUCAGUCAGCCCUUUACUAAAAGAGUGUUGCUGGAUCAGCACAUUCAACUGAUGCAUGGAGUUAAAGAUGUAGGAGGAAAGACUCAUAACAUGGAGGCUUUACCUGACAAAGAAAAGAGCCUCGGCCCCAAAAGGAAGACAGAAGAUGAUGAAGGAGAUCCAGGGUUGAACUCCAGGGGCACUAUCUCGCAGCCACUGAAGAGGCUUAAGGUGAACAUCCUCAAAGUUCACAAGUGUGCUGUCUGCAGCUUCACCACUGAAGAUUUUGCUGCGUUCCAAGAGCACAUUCCUCAGCACAAGUCUGACGGCUCAUCUUACCAGUGUCAAGAGUGCGGCCUGUGCUACACCUCCCACCGCUCACUGGCCCGACACCUCUUUAUUGUCCACCGGCUGAAGGAGCCUCAAGGCCUUGGCCGAUAUAACGGACGGAGCAAGGAAGAUGAGGAGAGUCAAAGAGAGAACCAGUUCGAUGUUACUGAUGAGAACAGCGAUGGGACACCAAACACUAAAUGUAAGGUGUGUGGGAAGAUGUUUGAAACAGAGGGAAACCUGAACACUCACAUGAGGACACACGGGAUGGCAUUCAUAAAGGCAAAGAGACUAAGUGCAGCGGAAAAGUGAAAGAAAGACACUUUUUACUCAUUCCACAAUUCAACUUAAACAGCUUGUUAAACCUACAGUACCUCCACUGACUGUGUUUAUGUUGUAGGUACAUCAUGCAAAUGCAGUGGUAUAUAACAUGUAUACAAUACAAACUAAAAAGUAUGUGAUAUACAUCAAAGAUCAUUUAACGUGUCUGAGGAAAUUGAACAAAAUUUCUGGUAAAGAUGUUUCUAAAGCCUUACAUAGAACUUUUUUAGAAAGAGCCUUUUAUGUGAAAUAGUUUCCAUAGUUGUCUUCUUGCUAGGACCAGAUAAUGUAUGGACAAUAUAUUCUAAUGGGAUUAAUCCUCAUACAGUCAGCAAACUUUCAAUGCCCAAUGAAUGUCUGUCAGAAAAAUAUAUCAAACUGUGGGAAGCUUCAGCUUCCCCAUAGCGCAGCUAACUUGAUUUGAAAUUGUUUUUGAAAAUUCACGGAUCCCUUUAAGACUUACCUUCUACAAAAAGACCGCACUUCUUAUAGCACACCCAGAAGAACAUGUGUGCAGUAACUUUGAGCUGGAGUAAAAGUAAAUAUCAAACAAUUCAGGACAAUCGGUUAAAGAAGCAGCUUAGUGUCAUUUGAAUUUUCAUAAAGUAAGCUGCUAACAUAUCAACAAAGUUUGGAAUAUGGAAACAUAAAUAUGUGACGCAGCAUACAAAAGCUAGACGAAGUUUUUUUUUUAAUGUUUCCUAAAAUUUCACAACUUCUCGAUUAACAUGCGGAAAAAUAUAUAUAUUUAUUUUUGAUUAUUUUCUAUGAGGUUUAACUUUAGUAAAUGAUCAAACAUUCAUUACAAACUUCACGAAGCAUACAAGUAACCGUCAGUCGAUUACAAUUCACAGGCAGACACACACAGACAGAAAAAAUAUUCAGCAUCACUAAGGGGAAAAUUUCGUUGAGUAUCUGAGUUGCACUCUUAUGCCUGAAUUACACUUCUGAGGCAAAUUUACAUAGAGCCUGUGUUUCAGAAGGGUUUAUGGUUACAACACACCUGCAGAUACAGAUUUAACACAGAAGUAUAAAUCCCCUGUCAGGCAUGUGUAGGGUGACCAUAUUUUGAUUUCCAAAAAAGAGGACACUUGGCUCAAUCAUGGAGAACUUGCUUAAAGAAACAUAUUUAAACAGCACCUUCUCUGUGCGGUUAUUGAAUUGUGAAAUGAAAUAUGCCAUAUUGGCUUUUACAAGUCAACAAGUGCAAAAAAAUAACUUAAAUGGUACAGAUAAUAGUAUGCCUCAUCUGCAUAAGAAAAAUUACCAGUACUGGGUCGGUACAAGGGAAAUUUCUUUUGCAGUUCAUCUGAAAAGAUGGACUUGCGCUUUGGGAUCUUUUAAACAUCAUUAGGUGCGUUGCUGCGCGCUGACUGUCCCGUCUGUGAGUGCAGAACAAGCGCUCACAAAGCAGCAGUUCGGGGAUGACGUCACACACAUUCAAUUCAAUUCAAUUCAAUUUUACUUUUAUAGCGCCAA